AUGUUUCUACAAAAGAUUGUUCGCAAUGAGUCGAUCAAGACGGACCCUCCAGAGAUCUAUAACCUGAGGACCGUCCUAGUCAGUUUGGUGGCAUGCGGGGGAGCGCUCCUGUUUGGAAUGGACAUGGGCAUUAUUGGAGGCGUUCUCACUAUGGAUACCUUCAAAGAAAAAUAUGGACUCAUUGACAAAUCUAGCACUGCCAUUGCAAACCUGUCUUCGAACAUUGUGUCUGUGAUACAGGCUGGAGCAUUCGCAGGCUGCAUCUUCUCUAUGUGGUUGGCAAAUAAAAUUGGUCGACGGUUGUCUCUUAUCUCAGCCUCGAUCCUAGUCUUCAUUGGCGUAGCACUACAGGCUGCUGCCAAUGGCCAUAUCGCAUCUUUAUACGUGGGAAGAUUCGUCACAGGUAUUGCCAUUGGAAUCGCAUCCACCGUCAACCCACUCUACGUCUCAGAGAAUGCCCCGAGGGGCAUCCGAGGUCUCCUGACGGGCUGCUACCAGCUUUCCAUCGUCACUGGACUGACUCUUGCAUUUUGGAUCAACUAUGGCUGCCUCCUUCAUGUCAAAGGACACGCCCAGUACAUCAUCCCGUUAUCGCUUCAGGCACUUCCCGCUAUCAUUUUAUUUGUUGGUAUGAUUUUUGCAAAUGAAUCUCCACGUUUCCUGGCACAGAAAACCCCGGAGAAAGCCCUCAUUGUCCUCGCAAAAUUGCGCAGCCUCCCUGUAGACCAUCCGUAUAUUCAGAACGAGAUGAACAGUAUUUCGGCACAGCUUGAGGAAGAGAGGGCGCUCGCAGCUAACACUUCCGGUCUAACAUUGGUAAAAGAGGCCUUUACCGUCAAAUCUUACCGUCGGCGAACCUUUCUUUGCAUCACACUUAUGAUGUGGAGCAAUUUGACAGGAACCAACGCCAUGACAUACUACAGCCCUACUAUCUUCAAGAGUAUCGGGGUGUCCUCCUCGCAAUCAGGUUUACUUGCCACUGGCGUCUACGGGGUUGUGAAAAUGGUGUCUUGCGCUUUUUUUAUCCUUUUCGUCACUGAUUCUCUUGGACGGAGAAAGAGUCUGCUUUGGACGGCUAUUGUGCAGGGCUUGGCUCUUUUCUACGUCGGAUUUUUUAUCCGAUAUAGCCCUCCACAACAAGGAACUCCUCACGGCGCUGCCGGAUAUGUCGCAAUUGUGGCUAUUUACAUUUUUGCAGCCGUCUACCAGUUUGGUUGGGGUCCUGUGGUAUGGACAUAUUGUUCGGAAAUCCCCGCCGCACGCAUGCGUGCUCUUCAAAUGGGCAUGGCUACCGCUAGCCAGUGGCUAUUCAAUUUCGUCGUAGCGAAGAGCACAUUGUCUAUGUUUGCGACUUUGGGUACGAAUGGUUUCGGUACCUACUUCCUCUACGGCUCCUUCUGCUUCACCAUGGCACUUUUUGCCUGGUUCUUUGUCCCAGAGACAAAGGGUCUCGCUCUUGAAGAUAUGGAUGAGCUGUUUGCCUCUGGGAACGUCCGAGAUAAGUUCAUACCAACAAGACUAACCGGAUUAGAAACUGGAAGAAAUGCCAAGGUAGAGGGAGAUAAGUUCGAGCACCUUGAGAAUGCAUAA